AUGGCGGAUCCUUCAGCUCCCACCGGAGAUUCGGGAAAAAAUACUCAAUUAUUAUCGGUGAUCGGACCUAUACCAGAGAUAAAACCAGCAAAAUUGGCCCGGGAGAAUCUGUUACUCUACAGUAGCACUCUGAGAUAUACUAUGCUGGGAUUUAUACCUGCUUCUCUGCUCUAUCUAUUUGCGCAGCAGUCGAAUUCUGGGUACAUGCUACUUUCAAUCGUGGCUGCACUUAUUUUCAUGCUGUACCCGCCACCGGUCUUAGGAGUGCUCAAUCCCAUACGCGAUGGGAUAAAUCAGGCGAUGAGUCUAGAUUAUAAGCUCAACGAAGGCGGAUAUAUUGCUAUCAAGAGCGAUGAAAUGGGUGUAAUAGAUAUUGCAUUCCAACAGCACCAUGCUGCGCCAAAAUGGAUCCUUGGUAAUCAUACCUCUCCCUUUCAAGGCAAUGUUUCUGUGAUCCGGUGUGCAUAUUCCCACAAUCUACGGAUUAUUCGAGACGUUUGGCGCGGAACCGUAUUUCUGCAGUCAAUCAGUUCCACCGCACGAUAG